GCGUUUCACGAGUAAAAAAGGGAAAGCGGGAUCGGUGUUUUUCGUGCAGCAUGGGCGAUUACCCUCAUGGGAUUCUACGGCGUUCAUGAAAAGAGGUUCAGUAAUGAGACUGAGUGUGUUGGUGUACUUUAUGCAUCAGGGCUGGCGCCAGCAGGAAAGCGCCGCUGCAAGAGCAGCAUGGAUAAAUUGGCUCAGAGUAGAGGUGCAUGAUUGAUUCUCGGAGUGCUGAGGAACAUGAGGUUCAAUACCAUUUCUGCGCCUGAUUCAUACAUGUCGACGAUGAACAAAAUCAACCAACUCUACAAAUCGCCGGGUUGUCACCCAAUCUUGCCCAGCAUUCUCGCCCGACACCCGAGCAUUUUCCUCUACACUUCACCGACUGUUCAGAAGUCGGCAUGCUCGGGCGAACAGUAUGCUGUCGACCAGACAACAACUGGGGCGAUCAUGGUCACCGAGUAUGCCGCCGCCGCCUCGGUUUUCAAUGACCCUUCCCGCGAGCGGAGUAGAUGACUAGAUGUAGUGAUCGACAUGGAUGGCUCGUCAUUUUUCCGUCGACAAUCUCAGGUCCUCCAAUAGGCAGAUGGACGGGUUCUUUGUCGCCUUACUCAGCCAACAUUAUUUGCAGGAAUCUGGCCCACUUGCAGCAUUUGCGGCAUGAAGUGAUUGACAUGGUAUAAGAUUGACAUGCCAAGAGCCUGGGCACGAAAGAGGAGAUAGGACUAGGGUCUACCCUAACCCUAGAACUGCCAUAUUGCUAGACUUUGGACUGGUG